GUGGACACGGAUCCACUGUCCUUAGCACUUUCACAAAUUACCCAUUUGGUAACUAAUUUAAAUAAGAAAACUGCCAAGUCGCACACACUUGAAUUAGCUCAGCUUGUUGAACGCUAUGGCACCGAAGCGGAGAAACAUUUGUACCGUGUUUUAUUCUCACAAAUUGAUUUCAACGCGGAUAAUAAAGGUAGCGGUAAAGAUUUCUAUCAGAUCCAGCUGUUAUCGCAAGAGUGUAGCGGUUUAGUUACAAAAGCUAAUGUAGCAACUAUCUUAAGCUACGCCAUAGAUGAACCUUUGCCCAAACAAAAGAGCCUUCAACCGUCACCUCAGUUAUUAUCCCGAAUAAGCCAAGUUUUGAAACUAAGCAAAAUUCAAGAGAUUGUAAUAGGGUUGGGCUUAAUCCAUGCAUCUAAUAUUGAACUGAAAACACAAGCGGAAAGGUUUUUAAAGGAAAAAUUACCAGAACUGUUACAGUCUUACAUUGAUUCCGAUGUUGGUAGCAACGAAGAUGGCCUAGGUGAUAUAGCAGUAGAAGUGAUACAUCAGCUACUCUGCUAUAUCAUUGAUAACUCUUCAGAAAAAACCGGAAUUAGUAAUACCCAAGCAGACGCUUUUAUUGAGAUGUUAAGACAAGACUUUCCAAGAGACAGAGUACCAAUCCUUCUCGAUCCACUACUGUACCAUGACUAUACGACAACUGACAGCGAUAUAAAUUUAUUAAAAUCUACUGGUUUUAGUAGUAUUCCGAUAAAAGAUGAACUAUGUGAUAUCAUGGCAGAAAUUGGUUAUGGUUGCUGUGCGAGCAUCGAAGAGGCAAAGAAAGUAUUAGAUUUGAUACCUUACGAGACUUUGAAACCGGCUGCAGUCGCAAAAGUACUUGGAAUAAUGAUUCGAACAUGUAAUGCUGCUGAUCAGAUGCCCAUCCAAAAUUUAACUAAUAAUACUAAUUCCUGGGAAAAGGAAAAACAGCAAGAUUUAUCAUCAUCUAGUAAUUCUUGGAAUGUUACUGUCUUUAUUGAAGCUGUUAAAGAUGUAGUCCCGUCCAUGAACUGGAUGGAAGUAAUUGCUAAGCUAGAUUAUCCUGGGUUUGUUAUCUCUGAUGUAGAAGGACUCCGUUUAAUUUUACAUGCCUAUCGUAUUGGUCAGCAGGAUACAUUUCCAAUAGAUCUCAUUUAUCGAAAUUGGAAGAAUACUGAAGGCCAGCUAUCAUUCAUUGAGCAGUCACUGCGUCACCCUGAAGUAUUGUGCUUUGGAGAUUAUCCAUGUCAUACCGUUGUUACUGAUAUAUUAAAGGCUCCUCCAGAAGAGGGAAAUAAACAUAUCGCAAAUUGGCAGUCACUAAAUUUAGUAGAAACAUUGCUAAGACUUGGCGAAUGUGGCCACUACGAUCGGGUACUAUCAUUAUUUGCUUACCCAGCAAAAAUUUGCCCUGAUGUUCUUUUGUUAUCUUUACUGCAAACUAACCCUACUUGGCAUACACUAAGAAACGAAUUAGUUGCAAUGAUUAUGCCCGUUUUCUUAGGCAAUCACCCAAACUCUUCAAGUGUUCUUCACUACGCAUGGCAUGGUCAGGGACAGUCAGCAUCUAUUCGUCAAUUGAUUUUGCAUUGUAUGGCGAAUUGGUAUAUGCAAGACGAUCCUUUUGAUCAAACAAGACUAUCGAGAAUACUAGAUGUUUCACAGGAUCUCAAGGCUCUAUCUCUUUUGCUUAAUACUGGUCCUUUCCCCUUUGUAAUCGAUUUAGCGGCAUUAGCCGCUAGACGAGAGUACCUAAAAUUAGAUAAAUGGAUGACCGACAAGAUGAAAGAACAUAAAGAUGAAUUCAUUCGAGCUUGCAUUUCAUUUCUAGAUAGAAGAGCGCCUUCUUUGCUAAUCUCGCAAAAUAGUGGAAGAGAUUUACCUAAGAGUGCUAUUUUACCGACAGAUACUGUUACAACUAUGUUAAUCGUUCUACAAAGUCAGUUAGGAAGUAUCGAUGAGGAGAACACGAAAGCGGUUAAGCUUAUGAUCGCUAAUCAUACUCCUAUGCAUACAAAGAAACCAUCUCAGGCGAUUAAUAUUCCAAAACCUAGUGAAACUAAGGCUUCGGUCAUCAAUCAGCCAUCAAGUUCAAACCCUCAAUCGCAUCCUACAGUUUCCGAUUUAUCAGCUGUAUGGUCAGGUGCAGAUAAUACUUUUACUAAGAGCGUAGAAGAUGAAGCUAACGCUUACUUUCAAAAAUUAUACAAUCGUCUUCCAGAACCUACAAUUUCUAUUAAUGAAAUGUUGAGUUUAUUGAAAAAAUUCAAAGAUUCAACUGUAAAAAAGGAAAAUGAUAUCUUCCAUUGUAUGUUACGUAAUUUAAUCGAAGAAUAUAAAUAUUUUCCGCAGUAUCCUGAUUUGGAGUUGCAUACUACGGCAGUCUUAUUUGGUGGAAUUAUAGAGCAGGGUUUGGUGACUUAUAUGGAUUUAGGCGUAGCGCUAAGAUAUGUUUUAGAAGCGUUAAAAAAGCCUCCAAAUAGUAAAAUGCAUAAAUUUGGUAUUACAGCUUUGGACAGAUUUAAAAAUAGAUUAAAAGAUUAUCCAAAAUAUUGUGAUCAUCUUGCUGUUAUUCCUCACUUUCGUGAAUUUCCUCCUGCGUUGGUUGCUUAUGUAGAAUAUGGCAAACAAUCUCAAGAGCCUCCUGUACAACCAGCUACUACUGAAGACUCUGAACAAAAUACUCAGGUAUUAGCACAGGUGUCAUCUAGCAUGUCAGAUUCUGGAACGAAGCCGGUGAUAUCAACAGUUAUGAAACCACCUGUUGAACAAACACUAUCCAUCGCCGGUGCUACCAAUAUUGGUACUCUCCUGGCUGCGAUUGAUGUUCCGUUCGAGCAACCUCCGAAUGCUACUCAGGAUAAAUUCCAUUUCAUCUUUAACAAUUUAUCUAAUUCAAACGUUAAAUUUAAGUGCGAAGAACUAAAAGGAUUGGUUGGGGCUAAAUACAGACUAUGGUUUAGUCGUUAUUUAGUUAUGAGGCGAGUCAGUAUUGAACAUAAUUUUCAUACUCUUUACUCGUCAGUCGUUGAAGCGUAUAAUUCGAAAGAGUUGUAUCAAGAUGUAUUGCAUGAGACCUAUAGAAAUAUUAAGGUUUUGCUAAAAAUGGAAAAGAAUUCAAAUGAAUAUUCUGAUCGUGUGAUAUUGAAAAAUUUGGGCCAUUGGCUUGGGAUUUUAACGUUGGCACGUAAUAAACCAAUCUUGUAUAAAGAAAUGGAUAUCAAAUCUCUUUUGAUUGAGGCUUACUUUAAGGGUGAACAGGAGAUGCUAUUUGUUAUUCCGUUCGUUACUAAAGUACUCGAUAGCGUAAAUCAAAGUAGGGUAUUUAAACCCCCUUGUCCCUGGAUAAUGGCUAUUUUGGGUGUAUUAGUUGAAAUUCAUCAAGUACCAAAUCUAAAGCUAAAUAUUAAAUUCGAAGUGGAAAUAUUGUGUAAGAAUUUAAAUAUUGCCAUUGAGGAUAUACCGAAAUUUGACGUAUUGCAAGAUCCAGAGAGAUUGAAUAGACUAAAACGUCAUCAGCUUGAUAAUCCAAUGAAAGGACCCAAGAAUGGUAAAUUUGUAUUUUUCAGUGGUGAAGUAACUUAUAUAUUGCAAUUACUUAAUAACGUGGUGGAUUUUAUAGGCGGUCAGCAACAAAUUCAACAUGUGAUUCCGAAUGAAGGAACUCAUCCCCCGCCUUCGAUCAAUUAUAACAAAUUAAGUGCGACAGUUGCCGGAUUAUCAUCUGGUAUAGUCAUAAAUAAUCAGUUGCGCCUAUUUCAACAAAAUCCGCAUUUAAAAAGCUAUGUAAAAGUCGCUAUAGAACGUGCAGUUCAAGAAUUACUCCUUCCUGUUGCUGAGCGCUCUAUCAAAAUUGUAAUAAAUACCGUAGAAAAACUAAUAAAGAAGGAUUUUGCCUUAGACCCUGACGAAACCCAUCUUAAAACAGGGUCUCAUAAUAUGUUACGCUACUUCACUGCUGGCAUGGCAUUGAUUACCUGUCGUGAAGCGCUACAUAUGGCCAUUUCUAACAAUCUAAAAUCUGCUUUUAUGUCUAACUUAAGAAAUACUUCAAACAUGAAAGAUAUAAUAGAAGAGGCUGCAACGAUAAUUGCUAAUGAAAAUACCGAACAUGCGUGUGCUUUCGUACAAAAGUCUGCGGUUGACAAAGCUCUCUUAGAAAUUAAUAAAGCAUUAGCUGCGGAAUUCGAAAUAAGAAAGCAUGCACGCAGUGAAGGUCGACGUUAUUACGAUCAUGCUGUUUUACAAUACCAGGCGGAACGAAUGCCUGAAGCAAUCCGAUUGAAAGUCGGUGGCCCGGGAUCACAAAAGCAGACUAUCUAUGACGAUUUUGCUAAAAAUGUUCCUGGUUUUGCUCCAAUAACCGAUUCUACAAUUGCUAUUUCUCAAGGAUUUCCUGAGCUGACAGCUUUAUCACAACCAUCAAAUCCAACCGACGAAUUAAAUAUUAUCCUGGACGAGUGCGGAUCUGAAUUACAACACCAUCUUAUUGCACUCAAGAAUACUAGUCCGAAACCUCAAGUUCUUGCAUUGCGUUCAUUACUUGAUGCUGUAGUACAAAUAAGAAUGAAUCAAAAUGGAACAGAACUUACAUCAUUAAUCACUAAGUGUGUAGAAAAUCUUAUGGAACUUCUGGUGGCUUCAGAAUCUGAACUAAAUAUGCGAUUUAGGGCUGGUCAUGUGAUGCUGUUAAAAGCGUUACAAGAUCCAAAAGCUUGUGGUCCGGCUUGGACAGCAAAAUGUAUAACUAGAUUUAUUUGCGAAUGCCGAGAAGAAUAUCGUUGGAAUGUUGAAGCAGUAGAGAUCUUGAUCCGUAGUCGAUUGGUUGUUAUGAAAGAUUUUGAUUCGUACUUGGCGCAGUCUAUAAAUAAUAGCAGUAACUAUACUGUUGCAAGUUUUGCGUUGCAAUUAAUUGGCAAAUUUUUAAAUGACCCACAAGAUAACAUCAAAGAGUCAGACUUUUAUCGAACUUUAGAGACAUUAAAUCGUAUUGCGCAACCUAACAGACAAAGUAGGGAAGAAGAUACGCCAGUACGAUCUAAUCCUAGCCAUGAAACUCCAAGCAGUCUUCCUGCUGCAAGUUCUAUCGUACGAGGAAAUCCUGGAGAUAGUGAUCAAGCAGCUCUAUUUGAAAAGACUGAAUUUUUGUUACGUGAAUGGGUCAGGUUAUACCUUCAACCAGUAUCUGGAAGAGAUAGCGAGAGGGCGUUUGCAGUUUUUGCUAACCAGCUACAUCAACAUGGUAUGCUCAAAAAUGAUGAGAUGCUACUAAGAUUUAUCCGUGUGAGUGUGGAAAUUUGCGUAGAGUUGACUUAUAGAAAUCUUCACGACAAUGCGCAUUCUCGAAUCAAGUUGUUUCAAACUUUAGAUGCGUUUGGCCGAUUGGUAGUCCUAAUCGUAAAACAUGCUGGCGAACCUAGCAAUAGCAAAAUUAGUAUGCUCAACAAGAUACUUGGACUCAUUGCGGGAGUCUUGAUGCAAGAUCAUGACAUGCGUCAUGCUGAUUUUCAUCAACUGCCGUAUCAUCGUAUUUUGGUGAUGUUGCUUGAGGAACUUAACGGGGUUGAUCAAGUUUUAGAAAAUUUAAAUUCCGCAAUUCUUUCUGCACUUUGCAAUAUGUUGCAUGCACUCCGACCGCAUAGGGUGCCAGGUUUCUCUUAUUCUUGGUUAGAAUUAGUAUCUCACAGAAUAAUGAUAUCUCGAUUACUAGGCACUUCCCAGCAGAAGGGAUGGGCACAUUUUCAGCAGUUGCUACUUGACUUAUUCAAAUUCCUAGCUCCAUUUCUACGCAAUGCCGAACUAGCGAAACAGACUCAACUUCUUUAUAAGGGAACCUUGCGGGUUUUACUUGUACUGUUACAUGAUUUUCCUGAAUUCUUAUGUGAAUGCCAUUUUGCAUUUUGCGAUGUGAUCCCUCCAAAUUGUAUUCAAUUGAAAAAUUUAAUAUUAAGUGCAUAUCCGCGAAGCAUGCGAUUGCCUGAUCCGUUUGGCCCAAAUCUGAAGGUUGACAUGUUGCCAGAAAUAAAUCACGCUCCUCGCGUACUGAACAACUUCACUGCUGCCAUUCAACCUCAGACAUUUAGAAAAGAUUUAGAUUCUUACUUGAAAAAUCGUCAACCAGUGACUUUCUUGUCUGAAAUGAGAAGUGCAGUUCAGAUGCCUUCUGAGCCAGGAACGCGUUAUAAUAUGCCUUUGAUAAACGCUCUGGUGCUAUAUGUUGGAACUCAAGCAAUUCAAUUUAUUCGAAACAAAAAUUUAUCUAUUUCUUUAUCGACCAUUACUCAUUCUGCUCACAUGGAUAUUUUUCAGAAUCUUGCCGUUCUAGAUAACGAAGGUCGAUAUUUGUUUAUAAAUGCGAUUUGCAAUCAGCUUCGUUAUCCGAAUAGCCAUACGCAUUACUUUAGUUGUACUCUACUGUACUUAUUUAUGGAAGCAAAUUCUGAAGCUAUUCAAGAGCAAAUUACUAGGGUAUUGCUGGAACGACUUAUAGUGAAUAGACCACAUCCUUGGGGGCUAUUGAUAACAUUUAUUGAAUUGAUUAAAAAUCCAAUUUAUAAAUUUUGGUCUCAUAGCUUUGUACAUUGUGCCCCAGAAAUAGAAAAGCUAUUCGAAUCUGUAGCUCGAAGCUGUAUGCAAUCAAAACAAGCGCCACAGAUCCAGCAAGCUAGACCGAUUUCGGUAUCUAAAGAAGCUGGCGAAGUUCAAGAAUAA